AUGUACCCACAUUAUUCCACUUUUGAUACCAGAAUGAGUAAAAUGUCCCUUACAUAGAAUGUUUAUACUUCCGAUUUUUUCCUAAACUAUAUAAAAAAGUUAGAAGAAGAUAUUUUAUAUGACGAUUAAAGUUAAUUAAAACCCAAUAUAUAAAGAAAAGAAUACCUUGAUAAUUCUAUUUACUAAGGUGAAUUAGACGAAAAUUGUAUUAGGUAGGGAAAAGGGAUUUAUUAUUAUAAGAAAAAAAAUGGCAAUAAUUAAUACGAAGAAGUAUAUGCUGGAGAUUGGAAAAACAAUCUUUUUCAUGGAUAUGGUAUUUAUUUGUUCUCUAGUGGAGAAAGGUACGAAGGAUAAUUAUAAUUCGGAUAAAAAAACGGAAAAGGAACUUAUUUUUACGCAAAUGGAAAUUAAUAUGAAGGUUAAUGGAUGAAUGAUUUAAAGGAAGGCAAUGGAGUAUUUUAUUUUACUAGUUUUGGAGAAAGAUAUAUGGGAAAUUUUAAAGAUGGAGUAAGGCAUGGUUAAGGUUCAUAUUAUUUCAAAAAUGGAGAUAUAUUUAAUGGAAAUUGGGCUUAUGGAAAAAAAGAAGGAAAUGGAUAAAUAAUAUUUUUAAAUAAAUCGAUUUUUUAUGGAGAAUGGAAAAAUGAUUUCCCAAAUGGAAAUGGGAAAAUGAUUUAUUAUAAUGGUGAUAUUUAUGAAGGUAAUUAUAUUAGAGGAAUUAAAAAUGAAUAAGGGAUAUAUAUGUAUUAAGAAGAUUAAUCAACAUAUUAAGGAAAUUUUAUAAAUGAUUAACCUGAAGGUUAUGGUAGGUAUUAAUAUAACACAGGAGAAAUAUAUGAAGGAUAAAUUAAAAAUAAUAAAAGACAUGGGAAAGGAAUAUAUAAUUAUAAAAAUGGAGAUAUAUAUAAUGGUGAAUGGAAAAAUGAUAAAAAACACGGAUAUGGUACACUUACUUUAAAAAACGGAAAUGUAUAUUAAGGCUAAUUUGUUUUUGGAUAUAUGAAAGGAAUAGGAAAAAUGACUUAUGAAAACGGAGAUGUGUAUAAAGGUAAUUGGCUUAAAGAUUAAAAAUAUAGUAAUGGUGAAUAUAUAUGGGCUACUGGUUAAAGAUACAAAGGAAAUUGGAAAAAUGAUAAAAUGAAUGGGAAAGGUGUAUAUUAGAGUAUUAAUAAUAAAAUUUAUUAAGGUCUUUGGUAAGAAGAUUAAUUUUUGAAUCUAUAUUGUUAUUGA